AUGAGCGCGGCCGGAAUUUUGUUUGCGAUCGGGACGCCGUUUGUGCAUCAGGUGACUGUCAUGCCCUUUCUGGCCCUAGCAAUUGGAGUGGAUGAUACCUUCGUAAUGCUAGGGGCUUGGCAAGACACUAGAAGAACUUUGUCACCCGAAAAACGAAUGGCGUUGACGUUGGAAGAAGCUGGGUGCGCCAUCUCCGUCACCACUCUCACAUCCGUGCUGUCAUUUGGCAUCGGAACCUACAGCAGUACUCCCGCUAUCUCUAUUUUCUGCAAAUUCAUCGCGCUGGCCCUCUUUUUCGAUUGGUUCUAUCAACUAACUUUCUUUGCUGGAGUGAUGGUACUGGGUGGCCGUCGUGAAGCCGCCGGAUAUCACUCGGUUUUCGUGUGGAAGCGCAUGCCAAAAGAGGAGAUUGAGAAAGCUAAGCAACCAGAUGCCAUAUCCCCAACUCGAUACCUCUUCGAGAACAAGCUGGCCCCGUUUUUGUGCAAGCCGAGCACGAGGAUGGUUUUGAUCUGCCUCUACGGCGUCUACAUAGCCACCGCUUUUUACGGUUGCUCCCUGCUGACACCUAAUUUGACACCUAGCAGACUGGUGGUUGAUGACUCGCCUCUAAUCCAUUACCUACACCUUGCUGAGAACCACAUUUGGGCCGAGGGACUGAUCGGGCUCGUCUACGUCAACAAUGCUCCCGACUUUUCAAAGCAUCCUGAAGAGAUAGAAAGAAUGCUCAAAUUUGUCUCCGAACUCGAAAAUACACCAUAUUCGAUGGGCCCGAAUUCGACGAGGCUCUGGUUGCGAGAUUUUAAUGAAUAUCGCCAAUUCUUUGCCGAAGAUGAUGCUCAUUUUUACGAGACGCUGAAGUCGUUCACUCAUGUGUCUUUCAACACCCAUUGGGCGUCGAAUUUGAGAUGGGCGCCGCGAUCGAAUAAGACAAACGACGAAUACGUUAACAAAUUCUACUUUACCACGGCUUUUGCCAUUCAAGGGUGGAACGUUCGGACCGAAUUGUUAUUAUGGUGGAGGAAUAUUACCGCAAAAUACCCCGAGUACGACGCUAUCGUCUUUGAUGAGAACAACUUCUACAGCGACCAAAUGUUGGAACUACAGACUACAACUUUACAAUCCUUGGGAACGGCCAUUCUAACGCUAAUUACCGUCUGCGUACUAUUCGUCGCAGAAUCAUCGAUCGUCUUCUGGGUCGUUUUUACGCUCAUUUCGAUGGAUAUCGGCACAGCCGGAUUUUUAUCGUUAUGGGGUGCUGAUCUGGAGCCAACCACUGUUGUGAACAUUUUGAUGUCGAUUGGCCAAUGCAUUGAUUUUGCCACUCAUGUGGGCUACCGUAUCUACAGAUCUGAGAAAAAGGAUCCAACAGAGCGGAUCAAGGAUUCAUUAGGAGCGAUCGGAUGGCCAGUUUUGCAAGGCGGGCUAGCGACGUUACUAGCUAUUCUCGUCAUGAUCCGAGUACCUUCCAACGCUGUUCGGAUGUUUGCCAGAACCUCAGUGCUUGUGGUGGCCACAGGACUAUUUCAUGGCCUCCUGAUUUUACCAGUCAUUGUCCGCUCGUUUGCAUCAGAUGCCGCCGCUCACUCCGAUAAACUUGCUGAAAUCGCGCAGAAAAAGGCCCUGAAGAGCAGCGACAGCCGGAAGACUUUGAAGGAA